GAGUAAUAUAGUAAUGAGAAUUGCAUGAUUAAUUAAAUUGCUUUCGUACAGGAAAAGAAAAGUUCAAUCAUGCAACCAUAAUUUUUUUUUUUUUUUUGGUGAUGAAAAGCAUGCAAACAGGAUUUGAUGUGCAUGUAUUCACCUACUUUGCGCACAUUAUUGCAUUUUUUACAUGCAGUGAAAAUUGACCUAUAAAUACACCUCCUUAGGCCUCAUUCUUUACUUCACAAGAGUCUUAGCUUAGUGCUACUGUGCUAGUCCUUCAUAUUAUAUAAUGUCGACCUUCAUCAUGAAAACUUUGCUACUCACCACUUUCAUUCUCAUGUCCUUCUUCUCCUUCCUUUCAACAAAGUCUUCAUCAGUUGUUGAAGCCGCUAGGCUUCCAGGGGGUACUCACGACUGGUACGCCAAUACUUUGAGAGUUUUAGGGAGGCCAGGACAUUCGCCGCCACCAUAUCCAAAGCCAGCACCUCCGGAGCGUGAUGUCAUGGUUGCAAGUUAUCUUAAGAACAAAGAAAGUGAUGAUAAUUUAGAGAGGCAUAAACAUCCACCACCUUCAUAUCCAAAGCCAGCACCACCACACCGCGAUGUAACAUCUUCAAGGGCUGAUCAAUUAUCCGUCUUAGCCUCAGCAUAUAUUAUAACUACCAUAUAAAUAAGUGAUGCAGUCAUGCACAUUCCCUAUAUAUUACGGAGUAUAAAUAUUAUUAUUGGUGUAGGACUGGGUGAGGAUUCGACGUUUCAUUCAAGCCCUAGCUGAUUCCGGGGGCUGGCCUGGGGUGUUGUUAUAUAUGUAUGUAUCAUAAGGUUGCUAUAUAUAAUAUAUGCAACUAUCUUUCAUGUAUUAUAUAUUGUAAUAUUUUUAUCGCAUGCCCUUGUUUAGGGGGCUUAUUACUUCCUAUCCCAAGCCCUAUUUUCAUUACCUAUCUAUAAAUUAUUAGUAAUAAUGAAAUAAAAUCACUCCCCUUGUUUAAUAGCUAAUUAAGUGCAAGAUAUUUAAUUAGCUAAUAUUGUAUGUACCAAUGUAUGUAUAAUAGGUCAUAUAUUCUCGAUGGAUGAAUAAUAUGAAUGACAAAUUGGUACGGAGUAAUAGUUUUAAAAUUCAUAUGUAGUGUCGAAUUUGUGUUCUUUUAUAAUUUUGCACACUUUGGUUUAAAAAGGAUGAAAUUUCUUGUUGGUAGAUGUCUCUACAUGUUCGGUUUAAUUAGUUGAUUGUACGAGUAUAUAUUUUUUCUAGUGAGAUUUUUGUGUGAGGCAGGUGUAUAUGAGUUCUUGACGGCUACAUCUAGACAAUAGAUAUUUCAUUUAAUCUCUAGUAGCUUGUCAAGAAAGUUGGUGGUCGGUGCAACCGUACUAUAUAUGAUAAAUACUUUGUAUAACAUUAAAACUUUUAAAAAAUACGAGUACGAGGUUAGUAGCUUGUAUAAAAUAUUUAAAAAAAAGACGUGGGUGAUUUCUUCCGUGAAUUGAUUUUCAUCCUUGAUUGAUUAGGUGAAAAGAAUAACUUAUAUUAGAGUUAGUGAAUAAAAUCGACCAAUUGUUAAAAGACAAGGGAGAAAAAAAAAACGGUUUAAAAUAAAAAGGAAAAGAAAAACAACCCCACUAAAAAAAGACUCCAUACAUGUAACUAUGCAAGUAGCUAGACUUGAUAAGAAUUGCUCUUUAGUCCAAAAAGAUAUGCUUUAAUUUGAGCAACUUUAACUAAUUUACAGAAUGGUGAAAAAAAUCUUAGUGGGAGACAAUGGUUGAUUUGAUAAUUAUUAAUUAUCCACCUUUCCUUCAAAACAAUGACAAUAUUAUUCAUGUGUUUUUUUUUUUUUUUUUUACUCUUUCCGUUUCUAGAUACAAGUUCGAUCUCAUAUUUAUUUUUACACCUGAGAUUGGAUCAAUCCAAACUCGUCCAAACAAAACAUGUUAUAAUGAUAAAAUGAUGGGAACUCGCUUAGUUAGUAAAGUCCCAACUCUUAUUAUUAUUAUUUUUUUUAUAUAUAUUUUAGAGGUAUAAUUAUAGCACAAAAGACAAUAAAAUUAUUCCACAUGACAUAGAAAGGAAAAAAAAAAAAACAAUACCUUAGUUUUCAUGAAAAUAUUAUUUUAAUGAAACUAAUCUUGUUCUCAUACUGCUGCUAAUGCACCUUUCGAGCUGGAUUUUUGUUUCUACUAAGAAGUUUUGCAUAAUUACAGACCAAUCAUCAGAUUUAAGAUAAUACAAAAAAAUCAUUCACAAAAGAUCAUGCAACAACUGGCCUUUGAUUCCACAAUAAUGUUGUUCACUCUAUCACGUGGCUACUUUGCUACUUCAUAUUAGCAUUACAUACAAUGUUACUGAUCAAAUUUAAUUUAUUAAUUCGUAUAAUAUCAAUACAAUCGCUAUAAUAAUUUGUUCUUUCAUAAUAAUCUUGCAUUUCAAUAGUAAACAAUAACCUGUUAAGAGAAACAUGGUCAAUGAAUAUUAUCAAGGCAAGCUUCAUGUAGUGUUCUUCCCAUUUAUGGCUCAUGGCCAUAUGAUCCCAACACUUGACACCGCGAAGCUCUUUGGAGCUCGCGGUGUCAAGUGUACCAUCAUCACCACCCCUCUGAACUCCCCCUUCUUCACAAAAGAAAUUGAAAAGAGUAAGAAAAUUAAUGAAGGUCGUUCAAUGAUAGAAAUCGAGGUGUUUAGGUUUCCAUCAGUAGAAAAUGGGUUGUACAAAGGAUGUGAGAAUUUGGAGCAAGCCAUGAUGUCUUUAGACAUGGCAGAGAAGUUCAUCAAGGCUGCAUCGAUGCUAAGAGAGCAGCUCGAGCAGUACUUGGAGAAGACGCGGCCACAUUGUCUUGUGGCCGACAUGUUCUUCCCAUGGGCAACCGAGUGUGCAGCUAAGUUCAACAUACCUAGGCUUGUAUUCCAUGGAAUUAGCCUCUUUGCACAUUGUACUAAAGAGAUGGUUAUGGUGCACCAGCCUUACAACAAUGUCUCUAAUGAUGAUGAGUCGUUUGUUGUUCCUUUUCUUCCCCACGAGAUUAUGCUAACAAGGUCACAACUUCCUCGAGAGUAUUUGGUUGAAGGAGAGCAAUCUGAACUCAAGAGAAGGCAUAAGAAGAUUCAAGAAUCGGAAGUCCAAUGUUAUGGAGUGAUUGUCAAUAGCUUCUAUGAGUUGGAACCUGAUUAUGCCGACUUCUUUAGGAAGCAAUUAGGAAGGAGAGCAUGGCAUAUAGGCCCCGUAUCACUAUGCAAUAAGAGCCAAAAGGAUGAGUGUUCCUUGGAUGAACAUAAGUGCUUAAAAUGGCUCAACUCAAAGAGGCCGAAUUCAGUGAUUUAUAUAUGUUUUGGAAGCUUGGCUCACUUGAUAGCGCCUCAAUUACAAGAGAUUGCAAGGGCUCUAGACGAUUUGGAUUAUGAAUUUAUUUGGGUUGUGAGGGAAGAUAAAUAUCGAAUGAGUGAAGAAUGGUUGCCUCAAGGGUUUAAGGAAAGGACUCAAGGAAAAGGUCUAGUAAUAGGAGGAUGGGUUCCACAAGUGCUAAUCUUACAGCAUGAAGCAAUAGGAGCAUUUGUGACUCAUUGUGGGUGGAACUCGACACUAGAGGCAAUCUCAGCUGGUGUACCUAUGGUUACAUGGCCUCUUUUCGCUGAGCAAUUCUACAACGAAAAAUUGGUGAACAAUGUUUUAAAGAUUGGGGCUCCUGUUGGAGCUAAGAAGUGGCAAGUGGUGCAUUUUAUAGAAGAUCUUGUGAAGCACGAAAACAUAGUGAAUGCGGUCAGAAAGAUAAUGGACGGCGAUAAGGGUCUAGAAUGGAGAAACAAGGCAAGGAAGUUGAAGGAAAUGGCAAGAAAGGCUAUAGAAGAAAAUGGUUCAUCAUAUUGUGAUUUAACUUCAUUGAUAAAUGAAUUGAGAGAUUACCAUUUUCAAAAACAUGAUUAGUAUAUGGUCUAAAAGUCAUAAGACAAUAAUUAUGAAAAUUCUAUGGAGUGCUAAAAAUGUAGAUAAUGUUAAUGACAAUUAUUAUGUUUUUUGGGCUUAUGGGUUUCUUCCUAUAUGGACAAACCCGUUAUUUUUUCGGUGUUAUUAGGCCCAUUUAGAAACCUUAAUGACUGAUUAUGAGGUAUUUAGGGUUUUCUUAAGGAGCAAAAUCAUUAGCUUACUUUUGUUGAUUUUAUUCCAAUUAGCAGUGAGUUUUAGUCAUAUUUUGAUUGUGCUGUUAUUGGGAUAAAGCAUUAUACACAGAAAAAAAAAACCUAUGUCAAUAUCUUAGCUAAGCUAAUAACUUUUACAUGUGUCGUUGAUUAAUCUCGGAUAUUAACAUAAACAAAUUUCAUGUGUCGUUGUACUGGUUGUCUACACCAAUAGUCCAAUACUUCACUAAGACAAUGUCCCUUUCUUGCCAAAACCCACGUAAAAAGUUUCUUGUUUUUUAAUCACAGAACCAAUUAGAAGGCAAUAACAUUUAUAUAGAUAUGUUAUUGAUGUUUUCAAUACAAGCCAUGUGUAGCUUUCCCAAUAAUAAUACUCCAUUAAUUGCUGACCACUUAUCAAUUUAUUCUAGACUCAAAGUAAUACAAGAACAUGAUAUAUUGAUAUGUUACAUAAAAGAUUAUGCUUCUUGCCUAUACUACUGAAACCAUUAUUGAAAUCUAGGCUAUCUAGCAAUUUAACCAUUUAGUUUACCUGAUCUAUUUUUUGAUUUUCUCAUAAAAAAUGGCUAACGAUGAACCUCAACAACUCCAUGUAGUUUUCUUCCCAUUCAUGGCAUAUGGUCACAUGAACCCCACCAUAGAUAUCGCGAACCUCUUUGCAGCUCGAGGUGUCAAGGCAACCAUCAUCACCACACCUCAUAACCUAUCAAUCUUCACCAAAGCCAUUGAAAAGAGAAAACAAGUCGGAUCACCUAUGAUUCAUGUUGAGCUCUUCGAAUUCCCAACAACACAAUGUGGUUUGCCUGAAGGGUGUGAGAACGUAACUCAAGCCAUACCAAUAGGCAUGGUCUCGAACUUCAUGAAGGCAGUCAAGAUGCUAGAGGUGCAGCUCGAACAAUACUUGGAGAAUGUUCGACCAAGCUGUCUAGUGUCUGAUAUGUUCUUACCAUGGACUACUGAAUGUGCAGCAAAGUUCGGUGUCCCUAGAGUGGUGUUCCAUGGGACUUGCUACUUUGCUCUUUGUGUUCAGGAAGUUGUUAGGCUACAUAAGCCUUAUUUGAACGUUUCGUCUGAUGAAGAACCAUUCAUCCUUCCUUCUCUACCCCAUGAGAUAAAGAUCACAAAAUUGCAAAUUCAAGAGGAUUUAAGGAAAGAGGAGCAAAGUGAUGCCAAAACAGAAUUCGAUUUGAUCAAAGAAUCAGAACUCAAGAGUUUUGGUGUAAUUGUUAACAGCUUUUACGAGUUGGAACCUGAUUAUGCAGACUACUUCAGUAAGGAAUUAGGAAGGAGGGCAUGGCAUAUUGGCCCUGCUUCGCUCUGCAAUAGGAGCAUUGAGGACAAAGCAGCGCGAAGAGGAAAUAAUCAAGUUUCGAUAGAUGAACACGAGUGCUUACAAUGGCUCAACUCUAAGCAACAGGAUUCAGUCAUUUACAUGUGUUUCGGAAGCAUGACUCAAUUUUCAGUACCUCAGUUGCAUAAAAUUGCAGUAGCUUUAGAAGCUUCUGAACAAAAACUUCUUUGGUUUGUAAAGAAUGAUGAGGACUUAAAGAGUGAAGAGUGGCUGCCACCAGGAUAUAAACAAAGGAUGGAAGGCAAAGGCCUAAUACUAAAAGGUUGGGCACCACAGCUGCUCAUCUUAGAGCAUGAAGCCGUAGGAGCAUUCGUGACUCAUUGUGGGUGGAACUCGAUCCUAGAAGGCAUCACUGCUGGUGUGCCUAUGAUUACAUGGCCUGGUUUCGCUGAACAAUUCUACAACGAAAAAUUAGUGACCGAGGUAUUAAAGACCGGGGUCCCUAUUGGAGCUAAGAAAUGUCGUUGGGAUCCUUACAUCGAUGAUUUGGUUAAUUAGGACACGAUAGAGAAGGCAUUGAGAGACAUAAUGGAGGGAGAUGAGGCGCAACAGAGGAGAUACAGGGCAAAGGAGCUGAAGGAGUUGGGACUAAAGGCUGUUGAAGAAGAUGGUUCAUCAUAUUCGAAUUUAGGUGCAUUUAUCAAUGAAUUAAGGCAUUAUCAUGCUUAAAUGCAUGAUUAAUUUAGUCAAUCAGUAUAGUUCUUAACAUCUUCAGACUCCUAAAUUUUCUUGCUUGUAACAUUAUCAGGACCAUUUUUUAGAAAGAAAAAAAAAUUAUCACUCUUUUACUUGUCGCUUUCUAAUACAACAAGGGGUCUGAUAAAAUAUAUGCUAUGAAUAUACUUGUAUUCUA